CCCGCUCGCUCGCUCGCUCGCUCGCCCGCGUUUCACUCGAGCUCUUCGCGGAGGAUCUCCGCCGUAAAGUCAGUAUCCCGUGAUGGUUGGGUACGCGCGAAACCACUCGCGCCGCGUCGUUGACAAGUGAACACGCUCUCGGACCCCGUCAGGCCCCGGCGUAGUGUUUUCACGCGGAAUCCGUACUUUUUCUUUCGUUCGCCGUCUCUCCUCGCGUUCCUUUUCCCCGAUUCUCCGGCCGCUUUCGGCCCUACGUUACCGUUCCGUGCGGUCCGCGGCGGUCCCGGCAUUUAACCGCGUACCUGCCGACACUCGGGACCGUUGGUGCCGGGUCUCCAAAGGACACCGGGAGCGUGGAAAAGUGGUCGGUGCUCGCGCAGCUGUCAGAUCCUCGGCCAGCUCGCCUCUUUGUCGUCGGUGCGCCGUGGAUUUUCUGUGGAGCGAGUGAUGGCCCUGCGUCUGAGGAGCAGCAAGGAUGUCAAGAAGAGCUCGUACUACGUCUGGUACUUGGGCGCGAGGGAGGCCAAGGGGGUGGACGCGAUGCCCGGUGCCAUAGCUUACCUGCUCGAGCGGGAACGGCUUCAGGAGCCUUUCAAGGUCACGCUGCAGGUGAGCAACAAGGGACUGAAGAUCAUACAGACGGUUCAUCUGGGCGGCUCGACGAGGUCGGCUGUUAAACAUUUAGUGCCAGGACAUGCGGUGCUGGCGGCCGUCCAACGGGAGGACGUCGUCGCGGCGACUCUUCUGCUUCCGAACCCGGCCACCAACAAUCCCGUGCACGUGCACGCUUACAGAUGCGACUCGGUCGAGACGGCCGAGCUGUUAGGCGGUCAGCUGAAAGCGCUGGCGUCACACUCGGACAAUUUGGCCAGGGUCACCUCGCUCGAGGGCAGAGUUCGCAGCAAUUUAGGCAGCGACGGCAGGAGCACCAGGGAAUCCGAGUCUUCCGAGGGCAGCGGCGAGCUCAGACACGAUCCCGUCCAGACUACGACGAUAUACGAGUCGCUGGCAGCCGAAUUGCGCGCGAAAUUAGGCAGGGGGAAUUCAGGUGACAACGACGUCGGCCCGAUCCUGUUGCCGCCCCGGGAUUACGACACGGUCCACAGACACCGCGGCAAUCUGGCCGGCAUCGAGUUCAGGCGGUGUCUAAAUCAAACGAUCGUGGGUGGCAGCACCACGGUUGACAGAGGCGGCACGAGGAGCGCUGCCAGCAGCGGAAUAGGUUCGGACAGCGCAGCUACGCCCCCGCCUUAUCAGAGCCAUCAUCCUCUGGGCCCGAGACCGUCCAGACCUUCCAGAGAUUCCUCCUCGGACGACGACUGGGGCGCGCCGACGGAGGAGAACGACUAUCUCCCCGAGGCAGAGACAACGGCGACGAGUUUAACGCUGCCCCGGCUACCGAGAAGCCCGGAAAGACUGACCGGCCAGGUGAACAGAGGCGUUUCGCCGGGCUGCAACAGGAGCCGCAGGGCACCGGAAUUCAGGCAACGAUCGCCGAGCCCCCAAUACCAGCCCAGAGUGAGUCCCGGCGAGGUGACCAGUCCCAGGGAGAGAUUUCAGGAUGCCAAGGAGAUGUUCCGAGCCAUGGAGAGAGAGGCGAUCGGCAGGCCUGUCCUUUCCAGGCAGAGAGAAGUUGAAAGUCAUCCCGUUCACAGGGUCGAGUCCGCCAGGCAGGCCCACGAGGAUCAGCCGAGCCGGCAUCAUCCGCUCGGCAAUAGUUCAACGACUGGUCACGAACACCUGAUCAGACGGAAUCAUUCGGAAGUAUUGGAACGGGAGAACGAUAUCCCUUACCGAGGCAGGCCGCGGCCGCGAACCCAUCAUUAUGCGAUGGAACGCCCACCGGAGCAAGAGGUCUCGAAGCCACGGCCGAGAAGCUUCUACGAAAACCCGUCGGUUGGACGGGACUUCCGAGAUCAAAGGAACGUCGUCGAUCCGAGAGAAUUACGGGACUUCCGGGACCGCGCGCACGUGCGGGAAAUACGAGAGAAGGUGCGCGCCAGGGCGACGACGUACCAAGAGCUCUCGGAGCACGAGAGAUAUCCUGGCCUGGAUCGUGACAGCGCUAGACCGCCCCUGGAGAUCGUGCCCACCCCCGGGAGAUACCGCCACAGCUACGCCGAGCCCCCGAGACUCGGCCUAGCGGCGCUGCACCCCUACUGAGCGCCGCCCCGCCCGUUGUUAACUAAUAAAUUAUUUAAUUAAUCGAUUAGAGCUCCGCCGAGCGGAGUUGACGUUUGUAACGCGCGUGCUCGAGGCGAAAGAGAGAAGUGGGCGGAGCCUGGCGCCGCCCUCUGCUGCGGAGAGGCUCCCAUUGGUCCACGAUCGAGGUGAAUGCUCUCCUUAUCCUGUGAAAACAUUGUUUUCGGGAGGACACGUCGACUGCGGCAAUUGGGUCGCGAUUACGCGGUUGAUGGAACUUUCUCGAACACGGUUUCACAUCCCGCCACUUCUCUCUGGCCACGCCCAGCGAUUCUCAUUGGCCGACACUCGCCAGUUCCCGCUGGCUCCUCCCACAAGUGUCAAGUUCGCUCGGUGAAUCUGCGAGUACUCGUUAUCGUACUAUUUCACCGUCUCGAUUAGACUAUGCAGCGUUCCGAUGGAAUCAAACUAAGUUUCUGUUAUAAAUGUAUUGUUUUCUACUUACGACGGCAUCAUGUGUAGGCUGUUAAUCGCGGGCGAAGCUCCUCUUUCGAUGGAAGAGGUACUUUUAGCUGUUUUUCGGUGGAAAGGUAACUGGAACUGCGAACGACGAACGGCGCUCCCAUAUAAAAAUGUGAGAUUAAUGAACACGUUUGUCAAUGAGAAAUCGGAGCAACGCGAGGGUCUGGUUACCUUCUCCAAUUAGAAUAAAUUACCACGGCCAUCGAUAAUCACCGGGGAACUCCGUCGCGCGUUAACCGACGCGCCGAACGCUGCGCCCAGUCAGGAGACGCGUAUGGAGAUUAAAAAUUUAUUAUUCAUCUUGUACUUGCGUGUCUCGUUGCAUCGUGGACCGAGAUCCCCGGGACCGGGGAUCGCUUGUUGACUUUUGAACGCGACUACGUGCACUAUAUUGUUAUGCGCCGGAUGCCAGACUAACGAUAACGAUAGGAAUAAUAAGCAGCAGUAACACUGACAGUAACAGUA